AUGAGCGCCUUCGCCGUCGUCGCGACGUCGACGAGCCGUCCAGCUCAAGCGUCCCGCACGUGGACGUCGUCCAAGACACGCAUCAAAUGCUCCCCGGACCGCUCGCACGAGCAGCGCCCGUUCGAAGCGAGCGCCGCGCCUUUCGUCGCGCUCGCAGCCUCGGCGUUUCUCAUUGGGGCCUCGCCCGCGCGCGCGUUCGACGGCGACGCCGCGGUGACGUUCUCGAGCAAAGGGUGCGUCGGGUGUCACGCGGCGGGCGGCAACGUCGUGAACGGCUCGGCGACGCUCUUCACCAGAGAUCUCGAGAGAAACGGAUUGACGACGAAGGAUGAUGUCGCGAGAGUUAUCGAGCUCGGGAAGGGGAAGAUGCCGGGAUACGGUGAGGCGUGCGCGCCGAAGGGUGCCUGCACGUUCGGCGCGCGGCUGAACGCCGAGGAGAUCGACGCCCUGGCGACGUACGUGCUCGAACAGGCUGCGAACGAUUGGAAGUAA